UUUUGUUGGUGAAUUUGGGUGUGAAACAGGUCCAUUCUUUUUAAUGGUCUAAAAUAUGUAAUUAGUCUGAGUACAAAGACCAUAGACCUAUAUUAUAAAAUAUAAAUCAGAAUCUGUGGUCAAAUUCUUUUGUGGGACAUACUGUGUCUGUGGUAAAUAAAAUUCUUUUCGAUUUGUCAGCGCCAUUUUGUACAUAUUUCUGUACAAUUUUUUGGUAAAAACCAAGAAUAUACCAUGGGUCACGCAAAUAUUUGGUACUCACACCCCCGUAGAUACGGCCAAGGAUCACGUUCAUGCCGAGCCUGCUCCAACCGUCACGGUCUUAUUCGCAAAUAUGGUUUAAACAUCUGCAGACAAUGCUUCAGAGAGUAUGCUCAUGACAUUGGAUUCAAAAAGCUGGACUAAUGUUGGAGUGUAUUAGGUUAAUAAAAAUUUAAAACCAUAA